AUGCCGUCCUAUCUGAUCACCGGCGCAAGUCGAGGGCUAGGCUACACCUGGCUCAAGCAACUGUCCUCCAACCCACAAAACAUAGUCAUAGGGCUUGUGCGCGAAAAAGCUACCACGCAAAACCGUCUACUGAUCGAUCGAGUGACCAACGUCCACCUGGUCCGCGCCGACAUCACCGACCCCAAAGCCCUAGAGACGGCGGCCGAGCAAGUCGGCGCCAUCACCGGUGGGAGCCUGGAUAUUCUAAUCAACAACGCCGCCAUCUUGACCCCCAACAGCGCUUUCCGACCGAUCAUGGACCUGUCACCUGAAAUUCUGGAGCGAGAGAUCUUGGAUUCAUGCCGCACUAAUGUUGUUGGCGUGGCUCAUACAGUCAAUGCUUGCCUGCCGCUAAUUCGAAGGGGAAGAGACAAGAAAGUCAUCGCCAUCUCGUCAAUGUUGGCCGAUCCCGACCUCGUCCGACAUUUUGCAUUGGACCAGGCUACACCCUACGCCAUCUCCAAAUCCGCGGCCAAUCUCCUCAUGGCCAAGUACCAUGCAUCGCUCGGGGUAAUGGAAGGGAUCCUGUUCAUGUCCAUCAGUCCCGGUGCUGUUUCCAAGCCGUACACGGCACCGACUGAGGAUGAAAUGGAGGGAAGACGAAAGAUGAUUGUCAAGCUCAAGUCGUAUGCGCCGCAUUUCUCGGGGCCGAUGUCGAUGGAGGAGAGUGUGUGCCGGCAAUGGGAGGUCAUUGAAAAUGCGACCGUGGAGACCCAUGGAGGGGCUUUUGUCAGUCACUUGGGAAAUAGGCAAUGGUUGUGA